CCGAUAUAAAGUAAUUGUUAUCAAAGUUGCAGAAAUGCCGCGUGCGUUGCCUUAUAUCGGUGCAUUCGUGACAACCUAACCAUUACGAAACGUAUAUUCAACCAAAUAAGCCUGACGUAGCAAAUGAGCAGUUACAUUUUCUGUUAUCCACUUUGACCUCCAUACAAAGUGCCUCACUUCCUGGCCUUUUUUUUCGUGGACUGAUUUUGGGCGGCGUAAACCCUCUCGCUUCGCCUCUUCCUCGCUGGUGACGCCUUCUUAUAUGCAGUCAUUGGGUGGCACAAAUUGGCAAAAACGAUUGGCAUUUUCGUGUGUCUAGUGUGACUGCAGUGGAGAGACAUGCAAAAACAAAUGUCUGGGGGGAAAGGUCCCCCUCUUCCUCUCCCCUCUCUGCGCCUCAUGGUCCCGCCACUGCGGCUGGUCUCAGCAGCCAUCUGGCAAACGAUCCAGCAGAGAUACGUGAUGGAUUAUGGGAUGCUGGAGGAGUUUGUUACCAUGGUCACAGAGAUGGUUCCAGAGCUUCUGAAUAUCCGACAGAGGGCCCAACUUAUUCUGGGUCUUCGAGCACGGCUGGUCCUGGAGUUGUGUCGCUCGAAGCCGAUCACAGACCUCCAGACCAUUCAGCCACACCUGGACAGGAUACAGACCCUCACACCUCUCUGGGGGACACAGACUGAUGAUGAAGAUUUAUCUGAAUCUAACUUUCUGGGGCUGAUUCAAACCCUGCUGAACGACCCAAAUGAGAUGGAACACUUCUUCCAGGAUGUUUUUCCUGUGGAAUUUGGUCCCAAGUAUGAUGCAGCAAUCGAGAAACUCAUGUGUCAGUUUCUUUCAAGACUUGAGAAGCUACUUCCGGUAUCAAACUUUCAACAGGCUGCGUCCCUGCUCAGCGAUGUCCCCUCUGUUCUGGAGGAAUGUGUUCAGUCUGUGUCUCACCCUCAGCAGCUGAAAACCCUGCUUCAGUACCACAGAGACCUCAGCCAGCUGGACAACCAUGAUACUCUGUCUUCUUCCGAUGGGGACUGCAUUCUUUCAGCUCUCUGUCUCCCUCCAGUAGAAAGGGUGGUGAUUGCAACUGAACAGACAGAGUCAGAAACACAGACAUUAUCCUUGAAUGUCUUCAUGGAUACAUUUACCAAAGAGUUGGAGGUGGACUCUGCAACACUGACAGAGUACACAGAGAUGGAACCCGGGACAAGUAUGGAUGUAAUAAAAAGUGAGAAGAGGGUGCAAUGUGAGAAAAACAACAAACAAUCUAUAGAGUUUACGGACCCUGUGGAACAUGAGGACAUGGAGGUUCAUGACGGUAAUGAAGAAGAGAAUGUUCUGGGGAUUGGACCAGUACAAGAUGAGACGGAAGGUAUUGUUGAAGAAGUGAACCCCAGGUACAGAACAGUGAUGGUUAUCGGGGAAGAUGGGGUGGCACAGCCUUAUGAAGAUUCAAGUGUCAGAAAGCCCAAAAUAAAGACUCAUAAAGACAGUGGAAGUCAUGGAGAACAAAUGAAAAGCAUAGACGUAUCUGAUAAGAUCAUAUCCUCAAUGCUUCACAAGCCUUCAGUGGAGCUACAAAGAAUUGAUACUACUAACCUGAUAUUACCAUCUAGACCAGUUAGACAAAACAGGGGGCGUAAGAUGAAGACAUUGCUAGCACGAGAACGGCAACAAACCAAAACAGAACUUUCAGAAGAAAAUGCAUUCAAAAAAUGCCCAAUUUGUGGGAAGACUUUCAGUCGAGGUGCUGACAUGAAGCGGCACCAGAAAAUCCACACAGGUGAGCGCCCAUUUCAGUGUCUCCAGUGUAAGAAACGCUUCCUGUACCAUUUUGAUCUGAGGAGACAUCGGCAAAAUGUGUGUAAAGUCGUUGUGUCAGAACCUAAAGGUGAAACAUCCAAGCAACUCAAAGGCAGGUCAAAUAUGUGUGAUAUGAGUUACAAGGACCCACAAAGCUUGGAGAAACCGAGACUAAAAUGUGAAAAAGACUCCAAGAAAAAGCGUAGCAGAUCUCCAGCUAGUGAUGAGAAGGACACAAUCCAGAAACCUGAGGGAGGAGACACGGAGCCGUCCAGUGGUGUUACUCUUGAGGCAACACCCGAGGACAGUGACUCAUCCUCCACCAGUACUCCCCAGGACCCAUCUUACGACCCAUCUGGCGAACCUAGCAAGACCGAAAAACACAAACAGUCAAAAGUGUGCUGCAUUUGCAAAAAACGUUUGCCAAAAUCUUACAGCAUGAAAGUUCACAUGAGGUCCCACUCAGAUCUGCGCCCUCACAAAUGUCCUCAUUGUGGGCAGACGUUCAAGAACAUCUAUGAUAUGAGGAAGCACAUUGUAAAGACUGUGUGCAAGGUGCUGCGAGCUGAUCCUGAAGAGGCCCAGGCCCAGGUACAUGCACUCACCCACAGCCCCCUCCACUGCACUGAGUGCAGUAGGAUGUUUGCAGACCCAGUAAAGCUAGAUAGGCACAAGCUGUCGCACAAGCCUUUGAAAUGCACCAUGUGUGAAAACAGCUUCAAUGGGGUCAAGCCCCUUAAGAAACACUAUCUGGAUGCCCAUAAAUUCAGCGGGCCAUUCCUCUGCACCUCCUGUGAUAAAAGCUACACUGAUUUAGCAGCUCUCAUCAGACACGAGAGGACUCACACCGGAGAUCUCCCAUACCAGUGCUCCCACUGUCCACGGAAGUUCAACUUAUCAGCGGUUCUUGUCGAACACGAGAGAAUACAUACCGGAGAGAAACGAUGCCUUUGCUGGGAGUGUGGAAAGGGAUUUAUCAGCAAUGCAAAACUGAAAAUGCACAUGCUGUGUGUUCACAGAAAACCUGAAGAUAAACACUUCUCCUGCUCCCAGUGUGACAAAUCUUACGCAUUACAAAGGACGUUACAAGUCCAUGUGGCGAGACAUCAUGCUGGGGUGCGUUUCCCGUGCACAUACUGCGGUAAGCUGUUUCUGAACAUGUCCUCAUUGACGAGGCAUGACCUGAUUCACACUCAGGAGAGGCCUUUUAAAUGCACCGAAUUGGAGUGCGGCAAAAGUUUCAAAUCAAAAUCUGAAGUGAAGGUACACAUGAGAUACCAUACUGGGGAGCGGCCAUUCAAGUGUAAAGUCUGUGGGAAGGGUUUUACUCAAAACUGUUAUCUCACUCAACACAUGCGAACUCAUACAGGGGAGAAGCCAUAUCCUUGUUCUGUCUGUGGAAGAAAAUUUGAUGACUCUAGGAAACGGAAAAGGCACAUGAUGAUUCACACUGGAGAGAAGCCCCACAAAUGUUUGAAAUGUGAGAAAGCUUUCAGUCGGGCAGACCUGUUGAAAGCACAUGACAGGAAAGAACACUGAACAAGUUCAAGUCCAGGGAUUGUUUUGUUUCUUUAUAUUUUUUUCUUCUUCUGUACAGAUGUUAGUAAUGAAACAGUUUGUCCCUCUAUGUUGUGAACUUAUUCUGGAUCUUUUCUGAAAUGUUGUUGUCUUAAAAAUGAAGGAUCUAAGAAACAUGACCUGUCUGGGAAUAUGUAUCCCUGAGAUGCUUUUAGGGACAAGAGUUGGAAAUAAUGCAAGCUAUUAACACUGAUGCAAUAGAUUGGAUAGUUGUUUAGUCAACGGCUUUUUAUCUAUCCUCAUUCAAAUAAAACCAUGUGUAUUUUGGUGCAGAUCUGUACUCGCCGCUAGAGGGAGUUGGUCAUCUUUCUCAAGCAUCCAUUUCACACUUCACUCUGAAUAAAAGUAGAUAGGGCCAUGCUUUUGGAAUGUACAUUGUUUUUGUCAGUCAACAUAAGUUGUGCUUUCUGAAAUGUAUGGUGAAAUGUAUAUUUUCAGUUUUGUAUGUCACAAAAUUGGACAAAAAACAUGAGGGCAGCAUCUGUUUAUGAACGGUGAUGAUCAGCAGCAUCACAACACAGAGGUUGAGCUCAAAGUUCAAGAUGUUCAGGGGUUUUCUAAGAUAAGGCUCUAACAUUUUCAUACUGUCAGAUAGAUACUAGGCUAGUCUAUGUAUGCUAUAGUGCAUUCUAGAGUGGAAGGGGUUUUCUGCCAAUCAUACCCAAUAAUGUUUCAGUUUUAAUAAUGGUCCUUAUGGCUGAUUUUAGAUGGGCAAUUCUGAUAUUUUAUUGACUAAUUGUUCUUUUGACCAAUCAGAUCAGCUCUGAAAAAUAUCUGAUGUGAUUGAUUAAAUAAUAAUAAUACAAUUAGUGGAAUAAAAGACCAGAAUUGGGCUGCCUGUCUAAACGCAGCCUAUGAGACCCCUGGGCCUGUUCUCAUGCAUAGGGCUUAGCUUUGUUGUUUCAAGUACAAAUAAAAUGUAUUGAAUGAUUGUGAAUACAAAAUAUUUUUGAAAUAAUG